AUUUAGGUCUGUAGCUUAGUAAAAUCCUCAAAAAAAUAUUUCAUUAAGCAUAAACUAAAGAGAACUCUUUGGAGAGGAUACUCGAAAACGCUGCGUUUUACUAUUUUUUUGUUUUCCCGCGUAUUUUUCUCCCAUUAUUAUCGGAUAGCCCCAACAAUUUCACCGGCGAAAAAAAAAACCUAACUAUUUGCUUCGCCAUGGACGUCGAAGGAGGAGAAGACAGAAGCGAUCUCCAGGUAGACCAAAUCGUCGAAGAAGAUUCCAUGGAUGAUCUCAUCAGAGACAGAUUCAGACUCUCCGCGAUCUCAAUCGCCGAAGCCGAAGCGAAGAAAAAUGGAAUGGAAAUAGGUGGAUCUGUUGUGGCAUGUAUAUCAGAUUUAGCCUUCAAAUAUGCAGAAAAUGUUGCAAAGGACCUUGAACUAUUUGCUCACCAUGCUGGACGCAAAGUUGUAAACAUGGACGAUGUUGUUCUCUCCGCGCAUAGAAACGAUAGCUUAGCUGCAUCUUUGAGGUCAAUGUGCAAUGAGCUAAAGGCAAAAGAGCCACAAUCUGAGAGGAAACGCAAGAAAGGAUCAGCUAAGAAAGAAGACAAAGCCAGUAGUAGCAAUGCUGUUCGCAUCACCGAUUUGUAAACUCUUAAAGCAGCUCGUAAAUACAUGCAUUCCUUUAUAUACAUAUAUAGAUUACAAACCUUGACGAAGAAGCCGUUAAAGAGCCUGGAACUUUUGUAGAAUGUUUUAUUUCUAUAGAAGACAUAUGCAUCAACCUCUUAUAUUAAGCAUAUAGCUAGCGUUCCUUCUGGGCCAGGAUCGAGAAGAAGACGUCCUUCACUAAAGUUUUGUGCUUCCGGGCGUUAUUGGAUUCUAAUAUUAUAAAGAGUUUUGAUGAUUUUGAAUAAAAUCAUAGAAGAUUUUAAAGGA